GAUGAAAGGCAGAUCCUCAUCAUCACCAUCAUCAUCAAUUGACAAUCUGCACAAAACAACAGGUAUUUGACAAAAAGUUCCACAGACUUAAGAUAUGAUUCGAAUUAACAACACCCAGUACUUCCACUUCCUGCGGCAGGCGGAUGAUUUACGUCGCUCUGGAGCGCUGUGUGAUGUGGUCAUCUCGGUCAAAAGCGAGACCUUCAGGGCUCAUCGGCUGGUUCUGGCCUGUGCCAGCAGAACUCUAGCACAGAAGCUCAUGCAGAGAGAUGCUCCGGCCUGCUGCACAUUGGAGCUGUUCUCUCCUCGCACCUUCCAACAAGUUCUGGACUUUACCUACAACCAAACCCUGGAGGUUUCUGUUGAAGACCUGCACCUGCUACUCAGAGCUGCUCAGCUUCUAGAGAUGCAACUGCUGGAGGACCAGUGUCAGAAGCAACUGGACAACCUGGAGUCCAGUGCCAGAAUUGCAAAGGACAAAGGAGAAAUGAUGGCGCUGAAAGGAGAGGAGGUGCAUCAGAGGAAAACAGAUCAAGAUCAAAAGAAGUUCAGAGAGAGGUCUUCUUCAGCGGGGAAGGAGCAUGAGAGCAUGGAGCAGGUUUUACUUCCUGUUCUUGCAGAGGGCUGCAACAUUCUGCCACCGUCAAGAAAGAAGCUGAGACUGUCGUCGGUGUCAGCGUUGCCUGACAACAGGGGCGGUGUUAUUAGGGGGCCUGGUUUCUCUCCUGCUUGGGCUUUUCCUGCAAACAGGUGGAACCCCGUGUACACCUUGAGGCAGAUGGCUCAAAACUAUUCAGACAUAUUUGCACCUCACCCCCUUCAAACAUCUCUCCAGUCUUCAGUAGCAUACCCGUUCUCCUUCUCAUCUCAACACAUGUUUCCCCUGCUGGCCUCGUCUUUUACGCCCCCGGUUCAUAGCUCGUUCAUGGGCCGCCAUCAACAUUAUGCACAAAACUUUUACGCGGCAUCAGGAGGGUUAGAAGGCAUAAUCAAGCAAGGGCUGUUAAAAAGAAGCAAGGCUGGCCACAGAGCUCUUUCUGACGCUGAGCAAAACUCUGAAACAAGACAGCCUGAGGUACACAAAGCCAGCACAGAGAAAUUUGAAGACUGUGCACGUUGCAACACAAGUGUCCUUGAUGAUCCACUGCUGCAGGAGUCAGCCUCCACACCGGCAGGUAACGUUAAUAAAUUUAAGACAAAAACACACACACACACACACACACUUCGGAGGAUCCGGCUACGUAGCAACGCAAUGGAAAGUGAUAAAGAGAGUUGUGGUUUUGAGAACAUGUUGCAGCAGGAGCAGCAGGAGCAGCAGGAGCAGCAGGAGCAGCAGGAGCAGCAGGAGCAGCGGUGCGUGCUCACGCCUUCACCUGUUUCCUCUGAUGGGACCUGUGCAGAGUUCAGUUUUUGUGGAAGAGACGCGGCGGUGCAGCAUUCAGUGACGUCCUCUCAACAAGACAACAGAGGACAGAAGCCAUACCAGUGCCAACGCUGUCCCAAGAGGUUUAGCCUCAAACAUCAGCUGGACACACACCACCGGGUGCACACCGGAGAGAAGCCUUUCGAGUGUCGGCUGUGCGGCCAGCGGUCACGUGACUACUCGGCUAUGAUCAAACACCUGCGGACUCACGGGGGGGCCACGCCCUACCAGUGCACCGCGUGCCGGGAGUUCUGCAGCAGUCUCGUGGCCAUGCAGAAGCACGUGAAAACCCACGCGGUGCACGACUUCCCCCCUGACUGGAGCAUCACCAGCACCUACCUGUACACGUCACACAUCUGAGCCACAUGACCUUCAAAUGGAGCAAAA